AGGAAGGUACUAACCUCACCUCCCGAGUAUCUCAUCAUGAGUGAUGCCUUCGAAAGCAGUCAAUUUCUGAUUCAGCUGUCAUUACCGUGAUCCACUCUGCAGGCGGCCUUUUGAGCUGGCCAUCAGUUUCUCGUUUGGGUAUACUGCCGUAGCGGAGAGCGCAAUUCUUCCCUCUCCUCUUUUUUCAUCUCUCCUCCAAGGUUUUUUUAUUUGAAUUCCUCACAACACGAUCACGAUGGCUAAAGGAAACAAUCCAAUAGAGGAGAAUACCACGCUGAUGAAUGGUAACAACAAAGCGGCUGACUACGAUGAAUCCUUCUCGCGCUUCCUUUACAACAAGGAUAGAGGCACUGUGCUGGGCAGAACGGCGAAAUCAUGGUGUCAAAUCACCAUCUUCUAUAUAAUAUUUUACUCAUGUCUAGCAGCUUUUUGGAUUGCUUGUCUUGCAAUAUUCCUCAACACUCUUGACUCGAAAGUGCCACGCUUUUACGGUAAAGGGACUAUCAUUGGAAUUAAUCCCGGAGUUGGUUAUCAACCCUGGCUCAAAGAGAAUCCGGAGUCAACCCUCAUAAAAUACAAUAUGAGGGAUGAGCAAUCGUGGCAGCCAUAUGUAAAACAGUUAAAUGAGUACUUGAAGAAGUAUGAAGACAUCAAUGGUACUAGGGACUGCGGUCCGGGAGACAAUAAUAGUGAUCUCGUCAAUGAUGGUGUUUUGCCAUGCCGUUUUGACCUCACGAACUUCACGUUAGCCGGAUGUGGGCCCGACAAAAAUUAUGGUUAUGGAAGAGCUGGCAGCCCAUGUGUGGUGUUAUCACUAAAUCGUCUAAUUGGGUGGCAGCCAGUGGACUAUGCUCCGGAUUCCGUGCCGGAGAAUGUGAAGGGGCGCUACAAGAGUGGUUCAAUUGCUAUGUACUGCGAUGGCGCUAAUGAUCCAGAUAAGGAGCAUAUUGGCCGCCUAAAAUACAUUCCCGAACAUGGAAUUGACGGAAGAUAUUAUCCUUACGUGUACGUACCCAACUACCAUCAACCAAUUGCGAUGGUGAAAUUUGAAUCACUACCACGUAAUAAGCUUGUUCUGGUGGAAUGCCGUGCUUAUGCGCUCAAUAUCGAACAUGAUAUCACGUCACGACUGGGGCUCGUUCAUUUCGAGUUAUUCCUUGAGGAUAAAAUGGUAGAGACAAAGCCAUCUUCCUUGUGAUUCCAAGCGAGUACAGUGCAACACGACGUGUACGCCGGUUCACGUUCUUUCCAUUCGUCUCUUUCGUGUGAUCCCUCUGCUGUGGUCCUCCAGACUGACCUUCCUUUCCCACAAAAGUACUCGAUGGGGUCCACUGUUCUAACAUUUUAUUUAGAACUUUCCAUUUUCUCGAGUUCAUCCCCCUAUGGACUGUGUUGUAUUUCACGUCUCUGCCUAGCUGAUCACUCACACUCGUAUUUCGUGUCAGCUUCGAUUCGGCCUGAAAGCCAAUAGGUGUAGUAUUCAGAGUUACAGAUAUGACUCAGAGAUGAUGGCGUUUUAUAUAGUCCCGGUCUAUGUAUGUCUUCCUUGUUGUUUUCACGAACGUCACCAGUUUCUUAAACCUCAUCGCUUCACGUGGGGUAUGCGUUCUUCCGCUCCCCUCCAUGCUCACUUGUUUAGUAGUUUUAUUGAGAUCGACAUCCUAUGUCCCUCCUCGUCCCACUCCACGCCCCGAUUAUCUUUGUAUGAAAGGAUUGUAUGCAUUAAGCGUUUAGUAGCAAGUCUAGUUUCCGCCAAAUGCGCGUAGGAUACUUUCCUUAGCCUCUGGCUAGAGGUGCGCACGGUGUGCGGUGAAAUGCGCGCGAACAGCGGGUGUUCCCGCAUGUCGCCACGACUUGGCACGCAUCCGUCGGGUCCUUGCUUACGCUGCAUUUGCAAGUAAGAAUAGGACUUGAGUUGUGUAGGGUGUACGAUAUGUAUGUUUCUCAGAUGUUAACCUGGAUUGUUAUAUGUCCUACAAGUGUCUCAUUCAAACAAUAGAGAUUUCUCUGAUCGUACUUUGUGAUCAUGAUGGUAUGUUUCGAGUUUAUAUCUUUGAUAAUUCCGAUGAUGAUGAUGAUGAUAUAUUGUUAUGUCAAAAGGGUUGGCGUCCGACGUUGAGUUCCCAUUCCUUCCGUGUGUUGUAUCUCCUUGAAAGGUUCGGGCGCGUAACCUUUCUCUAGUGGUAGAUUUGUACGGUAGUGUUUUGUAGGAAUGCUUAUAAGCGAUUUUGAAUUCACAUUCAGAUUGUAUUUGAACAUUUAGAACGAUAUUUGAUAAAAUUGAUUGAUAUAGCC